UCCAUUCGGAGUGGAGACGAGCUUACCAUUUGUUUCUCUCUCCCUCUGGGAGUCAUCGUUAUGCUCUCCCAAGGCCUCCUCCCUCGUGUUCUCUCUUCCCUGCUCCAGGGUAAGAGGACAGCCUUGCAUGUGGCCGAACAUGGGAAAACACUGGUUUGGAAAACAUAUAUUAUAUAGUUUUGGGACUCUAUUUUUGAGGCCUAUCAAGACUUUGUAUGGAGGGUAUCAUGCAUAUGGUGUUGCUGGGCUUUUGUGUAAUAUAACUAAUAUGGCAUCUUCUUUGCAAAUUGAAUUGGUACCCUGCCUCCAAGAUAAUUAUGCAUAUCUUUUGCAUGACACGGAUACAGGUACGGUUGGAGUUGUAGACCCUUCUGAAGCUGUUCCUGUUAUCAACGCACUGGAAAGGAAAAAUCAGAACUUGACAUAUAUACUAAACACUCAUCAUCAUCAUGAUCAUACUGGUGGAAACUUGGAGUUGAAAGCAAGGUAUGGUGCGAAGGUGAUUGGUUCCAGUGAGGACAGGGACAGAAUUCCAGGCAUUGACAUAGCCCUUCAUGAUGGGGAAACAUGGAUGUUUGCUGGUCAUCAGGUGCUUGUGAUGGAAACUCCUGGUCAUACAAAAGGUCAUUUAAGUUAUUACUUUCUGGGAUGUGGAGCAAUAUUUACAGGGGACAUUUUGUUUAGCUUAUCGUGUGGUAAACUUUUUGAAGGAAACCCAGAACAGAUGUUUUCUUCACUUCAAAAGAUUAUGUCGUUGCCAGAUGAGACAAACAUAUAUUGCGGCCAUGAAUAUACACUGAGUAAUCUACAGUUUGCCUUGUCCAUAGAGCCCAAUAAUGAAGCACUUCAAGAAUAUGCGACACAUGUAGCUCACCUCCAUAGUAAGAAGCUGCCAACGAUUCCAACUACACUAAAGAAGGAAAAGCUUUGUAAUCCAUUUCUGCGCACCUCCAGUCCAGAAAUCCGACAGAACUUGAAAAUCCCAUCUACUGCAAGUGAUGCGCAAGCCUUGGGUGUCAUCCACCAAGCAAAGGAUAACUUUUAAGGCAGUGCUCAUGCUUGACUUAACACAGAAACAGUGAGCAGUAGGUGAAUGCACACAUUUUAUUUAGUUGGUGUACAAGUGUAUUGGAUGCAGACGUGACAGAAGUUGAGGCACAUUUAAAAAUGCUCUUGCAAAUAAUAGCAAGAGCAAAGCGUGGAGGGAUGGGACGGGUGGCACUCAUAGAUAAACUCUUAGUUCCAUGAGGAGCUGGUCAUUUGUUGAUCGUUCAAUAAUUCUAUACUAUUGAAAUUCCCGUCAGCUUGAAUAAAGUUGUUGUUUGAACUCUGUGGAGAUUCCUUUGAG